AUGUUUUGGACAAACGUAGCCUUAAUAUUGAAAGUUAUAGAGAAAACAACAAAAGGCAAACUCUCCUAUUAUGCUUUUUUCACAGAAACAGAUGAAUGUAAGUCCAGUCCAUGUCUGAACGGUGGAACGUGCGUGGACGGACUCUACGAUUUCACUUGUGUUUGUCCGAGCGCGUUCAUUGGAAAACGUUGUGAAGGUGUCUCCAGAAUAUCAUGUAAAAAUCUUCUGGACGCCGGGCAUACCGCGAGUGGAUCAAACUCUUUGAAAGUCAAUGGUAGUUCAUUUCAGGUUUAUUGCGACAUGUCAGCAAACGCAGGUGGAUGGACUCUCAUUGCUCGGUUUUCAAACGCUGAUACAAAAAACUGGAUGAGAGAUGAUGCUUACUGGUGGUAUGACAUCCAGACUUCACAGGGGUCCCCUACAAGCACGUCAAGUAACUAUGACAUGAUAUCUGAAGCAUUUUGGAGAGUUAAAGGAAGUGAGAUUAAAAUCACACGCAGCGACGAUAGUUCAAACACUGCUCUCCUUCGUACGUAUUCUAACUGCCUAGCUGGAAACACACUCAGGGGAUUUUUGUCCAGUUAUGGUAAAUUUAGUUACAGUAACGUUUGGUCAGACGAUCGAUGUCUUGGAAGCUGUCUAGUGUAUUAUGGAGGCUCGUAUAGCUCU